CGGCGGAAAAGUAAGAAGCCAUCAUGGCUUCAAGUUUUGAAAAUUUCUGUGGAGGGACUUUUUUCGACCUGAAUCAAACUUGGUAUACAAAUGACCCUGAGUUUAGUGAAUGCAUCCAGGACAGUUUACUAGCAUGGGCCCCCUGUGGCUUAUUAUGGGUGCUACUUCCAUUUUACACAUGUUAUAUACGGGACUCAAAAUUGGUGCCCAUUGCAGUCAACAAAUUAAACACUAUCAAAACACUAUUAAGUUUAUUCCUGGUGUUUGUCACACUCAUAGAUCUGUUUAAAGGUGUCAGUGACCUUGGAACUGACCCUCCUCCAGCACAUAUACUACUCGUCACUCCAGCCGUGCUUACAGUCACAUUUAUUCUUACAACCAUAUUAAUCCAAGUAGAUCGAGUGAAAGGAUGCGUCACCAGUGGUCCUUUGUUUAUAUUCUGGUUCUUCCUGACUGUUGCUGGGAUACCAAAGUUUCACUAUAAAGUCAAACAUGCAGUCAAUGAUGGGAGGAUUGACGAUGAGUUCCGAUUCGUUACAUUCUUCAUCUACUAUGCAUUGGUGUUAUUACAACUUAUUCUCUCAUGUAAGAGUGACACCACCAGAAGACCAGAAUAUGAUCCAAUGGAGAGACCAAGUCCUGAGAUCCAAGCAUCAUUCCUGUCAUAUCUUACCUUCUGGUGGUUGAACAAACUUAUCCUGACUGGUUACAAGAAGACGCUAGAAUCGGGUGAUUUGUGGGAUAUGAACCCUCGUGAUGUGACAAAAAACAAUGCACCUUAUUUCUUAGAGAGCUGGAACAAAGAACUUGAAAAAACAAAAAGGAAAAAUGAAAAACUGGAAAGUAAACUCAAACAUCAAAAAUCCAGAAUUGUCCAUGUUGAUGUCGGGUUUAAUAAAGAUUCCAACGAGACCACGCCUCUUUUAACAGGAUCUGGAUCAAAGAAGAAAUUCACUGAGCCCAAUGAGCCAGAAGUUGUCCUCCCAGAAGAUAAAAAGAAGACGCCGAGCUUAUUCUGGGUGCUUACAAAGUGUUACGGCCCAACUAUGAUGAAGGCAUGGAUGUGCAAGGUUAUAUAUGAUCUCCAGCAAUUUGUAGGCCCCACCCUACAGAGUUUAUUGAUCGGCUACACUGAAGACCCAAAUGAAGAAAUCUGGAAAGGGUACAUCUACGCAGCAGUAUUCCUUGUGAAUGGCGUGGUGCAAUCCAUGUUCUUCCAUCAACUCUUUCACAUUGGGAUGACCCUUGGCAUGAGAGUGAAAGCAUCUAUCAUCUCUGCUGUCUACAAAAAGGCCCUGACCAUGACUAAUGAAGCACGUAAAGAUUCAACUGUUGGUGAAAUUGUCAACCUGAUGUCAGUGGAUGCCCAGAGAUUACAGGAUGUCAUUGGAUACUUGUGGAUGUUUUGGUCAGCUCCUCUUCAAAUUAGCCUUGCCGUAUAUCUUUUGUGGGGAGUGCUCGGUCCUUCAACCCUGGCUGGGCUAGCUGUCAUGAUCCUCCUAAUCCCAGUGAAUGGUGUACUCGGGGCGUACCAGCGUAAACUCAUGGUGACGCAGAUGAAACUGAAAGAUGCGAGGAUUAAACUGAUGAAUGAAGUCCUGAAUGGGAUGAAGGUUUUGAAGCUGUAUGCCUGGGAGUUAUCAUUCCAAGACAAAGUGAAUGUGAUCAGAGAGAAAGAAUUGGCCAAUUUAAAGAAGAGUGCCUACCUCUCAGCUGUUGGGUCAUUCACUUGGACCUGUGCCCCAUUCUUGGUUACCAUAGCAACAUUUACUACAUACGUAAUUGUCUCACCCGAGCACACACUAGAUGCUAGCAAGGCAUUUGUCUCUUUGUCACUGUUCAACAUACUGAGGUUCCCCAUCAACUUGCUGCCUAUGAUGAUCUCCUAUAUAGUUAUGGCUAGUGUCUCCAUUAAAAGACUGGGUAAAUUCCUGAGAACAGGUGAUCUGGAUCGCGAUAAUGUUCAACACAACCCACGAUCACCUGAUCCUAUCGCUGUUGAGGAUGGAGUGUUCAGUUGGGGUCAGAAGGAUCCUAUUGUCCUGCAGAACAUCAACCUGCGUAUAAGUGAUGGAGGCCUUGUGGCAGUGGUUGGCCAAGUGGGUGCUGGAAAAAGCUCAUUGAUUUCUGCAUUGCUCGGAGAGAUGAUUAAACUUAAAGGACGUGUCAAUGUUAGGGGUUCUGUGGCAUAUGUGGCACAGCAGGCAUGGAUCCAGAAUGCAACAGUGAGAGACAACAUCCUGUUUGGAAAGGAGUAUAACCAGAUUAAAUAUGAGAAGAUCCUAGAUGCUUGUGCCCUCAGGGCUGACUUAGACAUUCUCCCUGGAGGGGAUCAGACAGAAAUUGGAGAAAAGGGUAUUAACCUUAGUGGAGGACAGAAACAGCGAGUGAGUCUAGCACGUGCUGUCUACAACGAUGCUGACAUCUAUUAUCUUGAUGAUCCACUGAGUGCGGUAGAUUCUCACGUCGGAAAACAUAUUUUUGAAAAUGUGAUUGGACCAAAGAGUAUGCUGAAACAUAAGACCAGAGUAUUGGUUACCCAUGGUGUCCAUUGGUUACCAUUCGUUGAUCAAGUGGUCGUCAUUAGCGACAAUCAGAUCUCUGAAGUUGGCUCUUAUGAAGAAUUGCUGAGUCAUAAUGGAGCUUUUGCACAAUUCUUGAAGACCUACCUCACCCAAGAAAUACAGGAAGAGGAAGAUGAGGAGGGAAGUGGAGGCGAACUGAGUGAAGCUGAUGUGGAAUCUCUAAUCGACAGCAUAGAUGAAGAAGUCUCUGCUGUAGAAGAAGAAUUUAGUGAGAUCAAGAAAAGGAUUUUGCAGCGAGUUGAGUCGAUACCUGAUGGAGGUGGGGCGACAUCUGGUGGUGUGACAUCAGGAGAUGAACGAGCAAGUCCAACCCACAAAGGAAGGAGGCGACGAAGAAAGUCAACACGACGUAGCAGCGUUAGCUCACACCAUGAUGAAAAAACCCUGAUAGAGAAAGAGGCUAAGAAACGGGAAGAAAAUAAGUUAACUGAAGAAGAGAAAUCAGCUGUAGGCCAGGUUGACAAACGUGUUUACUUAGAAUACCUGACUGCCUUGGGUUUGUGGAUGGCUUCUGGAAUAUUCUUCUUCUUUGCUUUAUACCAAGGUGCAAGCAUCUUCUCCAACAUCUGGCUAAGUCAGUGGACUGAAGACCCCUUGUUGAAGAAUAAAAGCGUACCAACAAACAACUCGGAAAAAGUCUUCAAGAUUAAUAUGUAUCUUGGGAUAUAUGGAGCAUCUGGUGUUUUGCAAGCUAUCACCGUACUACUCUAUGCCUUCGUCACUGCCUUUGGAAUGAUUAAAGCCUCACGUGUUAUGCAUGCCAAAAUGCUGUCAAAUAUUCUACGAUCACCGAUGUCAUUCUUCGAUACUACACCUCUCGGUCGCAUCCUCAACCGAUUCAGUCGAGACAUCGAAACGAUUGAUAACAACCUCCCUGCACUGUUUAGGAGCUGGAUUAAUACCGUCUUUACUGUGUUUAGUACCAUCAUUGUGAUUUCAUACUCAACACCAAUAUUCUUAGCUGUCAUUCUUCCACUUGGGAUUCUCUAUUAUUUUAUUCAGAGAUUCUACAUCCCAACUUCACGACAAUUGAAGAGGAUUGAGUCGACGACCCGGUCUCCCAUCUAUACGCACUUUAGCGAGACAAUCGCUGGGUCAAGUACAAUUCGGGCUUAUGGAGUUAACGACCAGUUUAUUUUGGAGGAGGAAAGAAAAGUAGAUCACAACCUGGUGUUUUAUUUCGCACAGAUAGCAUCAAACAGGUGGUUAGGAUUCCGGCUAGAGUUUUUGGGAAGUUUGAUUGUUUUUUCUGCUGCGAUGUUUGCCGUGAUUAGUAAACAGUCAGGCAUCAGUGGAGGUCUCGUUGGAUUGUCUAUUUCAUACGCUUUACAGAUUACAGGGUCAUUGAACUGGGCAGUGCGUAUGACAAGUGACCUGGAGACAAACAUAGUUUCAGUGGAAAGAGUGAAGGAAUACAGUGAGACACCAACAGAGGAUGAAUGGCAUAGAGAAGAAACAGCACCCUCCCAACAAUGGCCAGAGGCUGGGAAAGUUGUCUUUGAGGGUUACCAAACCCGAUACCGUGAGGGACUAGAUUUAGUGCUCCGUGGUAUUGAUGCAAACAUUGUGGGUGGUGAAAAGGUUGGCAUAGUUGGUCGUACUGGUGCCGGGAAAUCUUCAUUGACGCUAUGUCUGUUCAGAAUAAUUGAAGCUGCAGGAGGCGCUAUCUUUAUAGAUGGUGUAAAUAUUGCACAUCUCGGACUUCAUCAACUCAGAUCUAAACUCACUAUUCUGCCCCAGGAUCCAGUAUUAUUUUCCGGCUCUCUCCGCAUGAACCUUGAUCCAUUUGACGUCUACUCUGAUGAGGAAUGCUGGGAAGCUUUAGAACACGCUCAUUUGAAGAAUUACGUCUCUGGUCUGGCUGCUGGUCUCGAGCAUGAAUGUGGAGAGGGUGGACAGAACCUCAGUGUGGGGCAACGGCAGCUGGUAUGUCUGGCACGUACACUUCUCCACAAGACCAAGAUCCUCAUCCUUGAUGAAGCAACAGCUGCAGUUGAUUUGGAAACAGAUGAACUUAUUCAGCAGACAAUCCGUGCAGAGUUUGCAGACUGCACUAUCUUAACCAUAGCACAUAGACUCAAUACUAUAAUGGAUAAUGACAGAGUAAUGGUAUUAGACACAGGUAAAAUCGCAGAGUUUGAUACCCCUAAUGCACUACUUGAAAAUAAGGACAGCAUUUUCUAUGGAAUGGCAAAAGAUGCAGGUCUUACAUAAAAACAACAACACCAUUGAAAAUUUUAACAUGCAGCUAUCAUAUAGAAUGAAAAUUCUGUCAUUCAUUUAGAACAACCAUUGGCGGGCAUGAGCCGUUUGUAAUUCUUGGUUGAACAGGGUCAAUUAAUUACAGAUUGACCCUAGAGUAUUGGACUGUAGGGAAAAGGGCCUUUAAUGAUAGUUCUGAAUAGUUUUGCAGUCUGGGCUUGGAAUUUUUUCAUGAAGGUUCUUAUGACUGAAAUAUCAAAUGGUCAUCAUGGAAACUAUGAAUAAAAAUAAUUCAAUAAUCCACAGAAUUUUUAGUACUAUAUUUUGAAUUAUUUUGUGAUUCUGUGUAACAUUCAGAGAAUAUUUUAAGGCAAGUUAUGAUAUAUAAGCCAAAUAUUUCGUUCGAACAAAAUUCAGAAUCAAUCAAAUAAUGGCCCAAUCAUUUCUUGAGAUGGAUUGGUUUUUCUUUUUUCUAUACUUCACAACAUCAUAACAUUUGUAAAAAAAGAUCUUUAAAUCAUUUAUUUCAACUCAUUAACAUUUGGUUGAUCAAGUCUCCAUGUAUAUGGGGGGGAAUAUUUUUCAGAACACUACCAGCUUAUGAUAAAAUCAAUCAAAUAAUCGUACAUGUAGCUUUGCUCUGUCAGAAAAGAUGAAUGAUCCUAAUUCCUGUGCAGUUUUAGCUCACAUGGUGAGAUUUGGCCUUUGGCCGAUGCUACUUGUUUGUUUGGCUGUUCAUCUAUCUUUCAACAUACAACAACAAUAGAAUAGUAUUGGUGGAACAUUGAAUUCAGAUUUUCGUUAUUUUACUCCUCAUUCAUUGAUGGAAACAACCUCACUGUGUGCGCUAAAAACUCAUGAUUUGUCUUAUUUAAUUAUUAUUAACUAUAUAACGCAAUAAGGCUUUGUUUUUAAAAUCAAACUGUGGGUUAUAUAUUUUACACUGUAGAACAAAUCCUUAUCUAUAUAUUUCAUAGUAUAAUUAUCUCUUCAUAUACAUUAUACUUGUCCAGUUAAAUCAGUCAGAAUUAGAUAGUUUUUGUAUUUUGUC